CAAACACAGUUAGCAGCAGCUGUGAGAUACUUUAUGAAAUUUUAUAAGGAAAAUUUGUUAGAAAUUCUGAUUCUUAAAUAUUCAUUUAAUGAAAAUGGCGAAUUGGACAAAGAAUCAGCCUAGCGGGAGCAGUACGAGGCGCAAAUGGAAUCUUGAGGAUCGCACCUCUUUAAAUAACUUGAAAUAUCAUAUAGCAUCGGAAGGUUGCUCCGAGGUUCAGUAUGAUUUGGCGAAACAAUUGUUAGAUAAAACUAUUGAACAAAAUGAAGAAACUUCAAGCCAACAAGCUGUGCAUUGGUUAAUGUGUGCAGCCCAACAAGGUCACGAAGAAUCUGCAAAUCUUCUACAGAAAUGCUACGAUGAAGGUUGUGGUAUUACAACAGAAAAUGAAUCUAAAGUGCGUGCCUGUUUAUCGAUGACACCGGGUGAACGGGCUGCUCGCAAAGCCGCACGAGAACUAUUCGCUUGCCUUUCGAACGGUGGAAAACACAUUACGCCUAAGCAACUUGAAAAGAAGAUGCGUGAGAUUUAUAAAAUGCAAAAACGCAGAAAGCGUUACGGCUACAACGGCAGUUCUUCGACUUCAGAAGAAGAGGAAGAGCAAGAAAUAAAAAAUAAUAAGGCAGAACCCUUGGAGGAUGGUUGCGAUUCUAUACCAAACGGUUCCGUAAAAUUAAGUAGUUUAUCCCACCGCCAUCAACAACAAAGAAAACGCCGUUCAGGAAAAAAUUUUUUGAAUAUACCGGAACCGGAGCCACGGCACGAAUGCAUAACUGAAGAAAACCUAGUUUCCGCAGCGGUAAAUUACGCUGCUGGACGGAUGCCUAGUGUUAACGAUGCCUUAACUCUCUCUGUACCACAUCCUGCAUCUUUAGAUCAUGUACCUUGCUUCCAUCGUCUAAUAUUCCAUCCCGUCGUGUUUUUCACUCUACUGUAUCAUCGUUUGAUCAAUGUGAUAAGCGGCUUACCAAAAGUCAUGCCGCAAAGUGUGCGUUUAGUUUUAUUGUUUUUGGUGUAUUGGCUACUUUCGACAGAUAGUCUUACUAUGGUACCAUUGCCCAUUUACAUGUACGCAAUCAGCUGGAUUAUAAUGGUUUGGUCCACAUGUAAAAUGUUAAAAACGAAACAUGAUUUUAUUGAUUUUCGUAUCUGGUCGGGCCUAUUUCUCAGUUACGGCGAUCACAAUAUUGAAGCUGAUAUUUCGGAAAACCGGUUUCUAAAAAACAAUAUGCAGCCAUACCUGUACUUUUUCUGCGCAUUUAUUGGAAACCUACUACUGUACCCCAUAAUCUCCGCUGAUGGUUUGCCGCAUUCAGAAUUGACUACAGUCGCGGGCAUUUUCGCUUUUAUAUCUUUAGUUGCUUUUAUGUACUCAUCACAACGUUUACCCGAUUGGAUGGUUCUUGUUUCUUUCGGUGUGAACGUUUUAGCUAAAUACCCUUAUGAAAUGGACGAAGUAGUAACAACAGGUUGGCGCUUUUUAGAUCUGAAAGUGCCGACGUUCUGCUCAUUUGUGAUUGGAAAUGGUAUCGAAUUUUGCUUGAAUUGUCGUACGGCUCUAUAUUUAUUAAUUCCUCCGUUUCUGAUUCAUUUGGCUAAGCGAUCGAACUGGCACGGCACCUAUGCACACCUCAUACCGCAUUGUGUGACUCUAAGCUGGCUGCAGCUGUGUAUAACGAGUGCUCAGAGUGCUACCAUGUUUGGAAUGAUAAGAGCUACUUUAGGUUUGGCGGGAGUUUUACUCUUUCUACCGCUUUUCGGUAUAGUAACAUUGUUGCUACCAGUCUUUGUGGCCAUAGAAUGGUUGGGUUUUACUAAUCCCAAUGUGCGGUUAGGCAGCACUGUGGUGGCGUUGAUUGUAGCAUUGCUAGGUUCUUGCUUUUUAGCUAUAAAUCGUACCACACAAAAAUUUAUCACCAUCGUACAGGUUUUAAUUUGCUUAAUAGCGGCAUGCAUUUUAACAUUCCCGUACAUGACAUCUAGUUUCAAGGAUGCGACACGUUUUACCACAAUAAUACCAGAUUUAAAAUUAGAUGCCAUGGCCAGUAGUGUUGAAGUUCGUCGAAUGCCACCGAAGCCGAUCGAGCAUAUAAGUUGGCAAAAUUUUUAUAGUCAUUGUGGUUUGCCGGCUUGGAAAAACAAUAACAAAAUUAAGGCACAAUUGCGGUGUUCUCAUUUGGCUGGUUUGGCGGUAGCUUGGGAGGGCGACGUCUCUCAAAUUCAAAUUACUAGUGUCAAAAACCUACGAUCCUGGUACAUACAAAGAUAUCUUCCGCGUUGGGUGGCCAAUUUAAUUACUUGUUUUUGGGGUGAACCCAUCGUUGAACAGUGUCAAGGUCGUGGAGAGACUCUGGAUCCAUUCUGCGAUGACUUUCAAUACAUUCUAAAACAUACUUAUCUGCAAGAUAAGUGCUCAUUACAUAAAUGGAAUACCUAUGAAUAUGAGAUACGAGUAAAAAUGGCGUCGUCCGGACUUCUCAGCAAGAGCCCCGAAGUCAUUUUACGAGCUGCACAUCCGUUUGGUAACUUUACAAAGCGUUUAGCCGAAGGGGACCGCAUACAUUUCUAUGGCACCUUGGAGAAUAGUCGUUUAAUCUCGUUACCUUAUUUAACUAAAUAUGAAGAAUUUGUAUUGGGUUCGUCUUCGGCGCAUGUACGUUUGGCAGCUAUCGAAUGUCUUACGUGUAAAGAUGAGGAAAAUUUACCUGUUAUACUUGAUUCUCUAAUGAACAGUCCAGUAGACGCCCGUAUGCGUGAUUUAAUGCGUGGCAUUAAGUAUUUGCUUAACGUAUUGUUAAGUCCUUUAAUAACAUUCAAGUAAAUUUCUAAGAAAUUAUUUUUUUUUUCACAUAUUUUUCUGAAAAAUGUUAUUUAAAAUAAAAGU